AUAUUGCAUGCAUGCAGGAGCCACGGCUAGAGUAACUUGUUUGGCAAGAAACCACCUUGGGCUUGAACUAGCACCAUUCUCGGUCUCAAGUUGCCCGUCGGAUGACAAAGGUUACUUUCUAGCGAAACUAUCUCCUCAAGUGACAAAAUUUUAUAAGAAAGUUGAAUGGGAGUUGAAAGAGUGCAAGGCCUACCUAGAGAAAUCACCAUUGAAGGAAUGCAAGGUUCCACUAGAUAUCAAUGGAGGAAUUAAAGGUGUUCAUAUUGUUUCUUCUUCCACUCAUCGACUCCUUAAAAACGCGAAUCUGUAUUCGCUCAAACCCUUUUUCUACACUAGUGAUGAACCCAAACCAGUCUCCAACAACAAAGGAUAUUAA